UGUUUGUCGAAUUGUUUGUUAGCAUAUUACCCCGCCUUUUCCCGGCACUUCUACACAAACUUCCCGAGCAUCAAGGGCUUGUCGUGUUCUCUAAAAUAAGAUCCUUGUUUUUGGUCUUCCUGUGGUGGCACAGUUUUCAAGAUGGCGGACAAAGAAGAAAAUGUAUUAGAUUAGAGGAGAGAGGAUGCCGAAAGGAAAGAAGGAAGCUUGUGGAAAGGAGGCCUGUGCCAUACAGAAAUGUCUACAAGAGAAUAGAUACCAAGAGACCCACUGCAAGAAUGUUAUUCAAUUCCUCAGAGACUGCUGUAAAAGAUUUGAUAAUGACUCAACACACUGCUCUGGAUUCCAGAGAGAGGGGAGAUCAUCUGUUGCACAGAACAAAUAGUGGAGUGAAAUGGUGGUUGCUAGCACCGCGCGAAUCCCAUUCAACACCCCACUCCAAGACCACACCCAUGGGUAACAAGAAAUCCAAGUUGCGGCCGGAGGACCUACACGAACUCAUGUCCUGCACGCACUUUUCAAGCCGGGAAAUCCAGGACUGGUACCGCGGCUUCAUGAAAAGCUGCCCGACCGGGUACGUCACGCUCCAAGAAUUCCAAAACAUGUACGCGGAAUUCUUCGACGGAGACGCGUCGAACUUUGCGCUGCACGUCUUUAGGACAUUCGACGACGAUCGGAGUGGUAGGAUCGACUUCAAGGAGUUCAUGAGCUCACUGUCCGUCACCUCGCGCGGAAAUCUCGACGAGAAGUUGGAAUGGGCGUUCAGGAUCUACGAUAUCAAUAACGAUGGGAGUAUCUCACGUAUGGAGAUGAUUGAGAUUAUCGAGGCCGUGCGCAAGAUGCACGCGUGUCAAAAGUGGCCCGCGCGUGUUCAGUCCUCUGUGGAAUGUACUGAUCGGAUCAUGAGAAAGUACGAUAUUGACGGAGACGGAUUGUUGUCUCUUGAGGAGUUCAAAGCGGGGGUUAUUGAGGACCCUUUCCUUGUUAUGAUGUUACAGUACAAGGUCGGGCGGUCCAACAGAUCAUCUCAGAUUGAUUCGUCUUCAGAUGAUGACGACUGAUGCAGCGAUGCUCCUUACUCGUCAAUGUUAUUCUACUGUGGAGUUUGGGAGAUUUCAAUGUUUGAUCAUUUUAUGAGAUCAUGUGACCUGAUCAUUUGAUUUGAUCAAUAGUCACCCGACACUAAUGGUUGAUGUAUAGAUUCUCCUUACCUAUCGUCCAAUAGAUCAUCUGACUCAUCAGAUGAUUGAUAUCUUAAUUCUCCUUAAUUAUAUCAGUGGUCCAUUGCUGAGAUAAGAGGAUGUUUUUAUAAGAUUAUUUAACUUGAUUAAUCUCCAGACGAUGAUGACUGGUGAUUGAUAUAUUAAUUCUAAAUAUAAUUAUAUAUCAUUCGUCUUCAGA